AUGAACAACGCGCCUCCUCUAUUCUACGAAGAAGUUGUCCCUGGAGCGACUGGCGAAAUUUUCUUCAAAGUUUUCAUGGACCGAGAAAAGUCCAAAAUACAUAUAUACGCCGUGCAGAGCGGCGACACUAAGGAUUACUCUGAAAAGCUUAGCUCAAAAAUAAAGGAGAUUCUUCCAUAUAAGAAGGCAUACAUCACUUGCCAACUAGCCUCUGGGGAAGACAUGCUUCCAAUUAAGCUUGCUCUCCAAAAGUAUACUGCAAAUCUAGGCCAGUAA